ACACACACACACUCACCACCCCGCGCUCAUUCACCCCUGUCUCUUCCUCUCGGAUAUGUGGGAGCUGUUCGCUUACCUGCACGACCCGGAGCUGGUGGCCCGGUUCCAGAGGCGAUGCGGACUCUUUCUGGUCCAGGACGCGCAUCACGACCCCGAGAGGGCAAAACAGAACGGGGACGACGAGUCACGUGGACAGCAGAACAGAAGAUGGGACCACCAGGAUAAGAACUCAAACUAUAAAAUCAAACAGAAUGGCGGCAGUCGGCCUCAGUACGAGGUGAGGAACUGGUUCCUGCACGUCCUCUUCCUGGUGUCCGCUGGUCUGGGAAAUGAGGUCUUCUACAUCACCUGCCUGCCCUUCAUCCAGUGGAGCCUGGACCCCUUCCUGUGCCGACGCCUCGUCAACAUGUGGGCCGUGGUGAUGUACUUCGGCCAGAUGAUGAAAGACAUCCUGAAGCUGCCUCGGCCCUCCUCUCCCCCGGUGGUGAAGCUGGAGACCCGGGUUGGUGCAGAAUACGGGCUGCCCUCCACCCACGCCAUGUCUGCCACCGCCAUCUCCUUCACCGUCUUACUGAGCGCUACGUCCAGGAUACAGUUCCAGUUUGAGUGGGGCCUGCUGAUCGCUGUGACGCUGUCGUCUUUAGUGUGUCUGAGCCGCUUCUACACCGGCAUGCACUCAAUUCUGGACGUGCUCUGUGGCGUCUUAAUCUCCGCCCUCAUUUUAUGUUCCACUUACCCGUACUGGGAGUCCAUCGACCACUUCCAGCUCACCAGCAGCGCCUCCCCCCUGGUGGCAAUGGGCCUCACCAUCCUGCUCAACUACACCUACCCCCAGCUGGACCACUACAGCACCACGAGGGGCGACACCAGCACCAUCCUGGGGGUGGGAGCCGGCUGCUCGGUGGGAUACUGGGUGGACCAUCAGCUCGGGGGGACGCGUCACCCGCUGGGGGAGAUACCUGCACUUCUGCCCCCCCUGACGGCCGGCGCGGUGGCUCGGGGGGGUGCACGCUCCCUGCUGGGGAUGAUGGCGUUACUGGGGACUCGGCAGCUGGUGAAGACCCUGAGUCUGAAGGUGCUGUACUCCUACUACAGGGUGGGGGAUGGGGACACUGGUGCGAGGAGGAGGAGGGAGAUCGAGGUGCCCUAUAAGUUCGUCACCUACAUGGCUGUGGGACUGGUCAACUCCAUACUGGUCAACAGAGGGUUUGUUCUACUGGGGCUACUAUGACCUAUUAGACUAUUAUUUAACUCGACUUAUUCUUUCAUUUAAACAUUUCCGUUGUGUUUUGGCUCCGCUCAUUUUCACAGCUACUGACUUUACUGCUACUCCUCCUCUAUGGGAUAAAAGUAAAGCACCAACAUGUACAGUAGGGUCAGAAACCAGUUUUAAGGCUCAGAAUGACCCUUGAAACUGGGAUUGAGCAGCAAAAACCAACCCCAAGAUUUAAAAUAUAAUAAAUAAAUGUAUAUUGGAAUGAAUGAAUAGCUUUAUAAAUAAAUAUUUAAUAUAAAUAUCAAAGAGGAAAUAAAUAUUUAGGAAGAUUUGUAUUAUUAUUAUUAUUCAAUAUUAAUCGGGGGGUGUUUUACUGGGGCUUCUGUGACAUACUACACUAUUAUUUAACUCGACUUAUUCUUUCAUUUAAACAUUUCCGUUGUGUUUUGGCUCAGCUCAUUUUCACAGCUAUGUGCUUAACUGCUACUCCUCCUCUAUGGAAUAAAAGUAAAGCACCUACAUGUACAGUAGGGUCAGAAACUAAGGGGGGGCCGAGUGCAAAAAGGCUCAGAAUGACCCUUAAAAGUGGGAUCGAGCGGCAAAAAUCACCCCCAAGAUUUAAAAAAUAAUAAAUAAAAUCUUGAAUAUUGAAAUAAAUUACUGUCUUUUAAAAUAAAUCAUUAAUAUAAAUAAUAAAUGAAGAGUAAAUCAAUAUUUUUGAAGGUUUUUUAUUAUUAGUAUUAAUAAAUUCAAUAUUAGUCGGGGUUAGUUUUACAGGGAAAUAUCCCACUGAAAAAACUGAACUGUUGACUUAAAUUAAAAGUAUUAUGUUAACAGAUUUCAAAUAUUAGGUUAUUGAAAGCAAUCAUUUUAAGUUUAAAUCAAAAUGAACUCAAUAUUAUUGUUUUCAUCUGACCUAAACGCUACGUGAAAUGUGUUGACGUAAUACAUUGAAUUCAGUUGACCUCUGACUGGGAUCAAUCCCACAAAACAACACUACCUCACAGCUGAUGUACCCAAUGUAUAGGUGGACCAGAGACCAGGGACCAGGGACCAGGACCCGUCUCCUAAAGGCUGGCACCAAGUUAUUACAUGUCAUGUUGUUAUUCCAAAGCGACUUCCAUACACUCACUACCGUGGACAAUCCCACCAGGAGCAAUUUAGGGUGAAGUGAGUUUGUUUACUUGGAAUAUGUAACACAUUUUCUACAUGUCGAAUCUGACAGCCAAACUUGAAUGGUCCUAUAUAAAUAAAUGUGCCUCGCCUUGAACUGUUCUUGGGCCGGAUUAGUCAGCGAUUGUUGUGACAGGAACCUCUAACCAUCUAGCCUUCAUCUUCUUCUCUUUUACGGCCUGUGUGUUUUGUAUUCUCGUAUGUAUUUGUUCUGUGUUUGUAAAAGUUAAGAAAAGUCAAUAAAUAUAUUAUA